UCCUGCCUACAUAUGUACUGUACAUAGAACAUAACAAUAAAAAAAAUCUAUUAUCGGUUUUAUUAAUGGUAACACUGAGAAUUUGAGACUAACGACAUCUAUUGUUUGUUUGCGUAAGAUAGACAUAAAAAGUUGACAUUUGACAUCUGCCAUUUUUUGCAAAAUGGCGACUGAAAGCAGACGUGUGGCAGUGCGCUCGCGCAGAGUUAUAACAGAUAAUGACAUAUCUGAAGCUUUAAAUGACUCCGAGUUUGACUAUUCCGGAGAAGAUUCGGAUGACGAUCCAGAGUUCAUUCCAUCAGAGAUCAGCCAAAGAGGCAAUGAUCAUCAAAUCAGUGAGUCUAGCAGUUCAGACGAAGAAGACGCUACGUUAAUCACUCCUUCUGCUUCUCCAGCGUUAUCCAGCGAUUCAGUUUAUGUAUCUUCGACAUCACAGUCUCGAUCACGAGGUCGUGGGAGAAGCGUUUCGCGUGGACGUUCUCGCGGUCGUGGGCGUGGACGUGGAACACGAGUUGGAGAUGAUUUUCAGCAGUCAGAACCACCAUCUUUGUCUACUCGACAGAUAGCAAUCAGAAAUCGCGUUACAGUAUCCUCAAAUUGAUAUGUACUGGUCAGAAAAAUGGAAGGUUCCCAUCAUUGCAAUGGCUAUGACAAGAAACAGAUUCUUUUUUAUUAGACUUCGCCUAAAGUGUGUUUACGACAGUGAAGUAUCUGCAGUACAAAAAAUACAAAAAACUUGGAAAAUACAACCACUUUUUCAAAGAAUAUUAAAUGGUUGUCAUGAACAAAACAGGCCUAAAGAAAUGAGCAUUGAUGAAAUGAUCAUCCCUUUCACCGGAAAAUGUCCAAUGCGUCAAUACUGCCCCAACAAACCUAAUCCCGUUGGGUUGAAAGUGUUUGUCCUCGCAACUCCUCAAGGCGUUGUUUGCGAUAUGGUGGUGUAUCAGGGAGACACUACGUUCCCGGAUUUGAUCGGCCAAGGUUUUGGUUUAGGCGAAGCAGCCGUUUUAACUUUAACUCGCACAUUGGUCCCUGGUCAUUUAUUAUUUUUCGAUCGUUUUUUCACUUCUACAAAACUGUGCGAUGAACUAUUGAGACGUGGAUUUCAUGGUACAGGUACCAUUAUGAAAAACAGAGUUCCUAAAAGCUGUGUCUUGACAGAAGAAAAAGUAUUCCGAAAAAAGGCGAGAGGAAGUAGUGAAGUGAAGGUAAGAGAGGAUGGAAAAAUCGCUGUUACAAUGUGGCUCGACAACAAACCAGUAUUAAUGAUGUCCACUUGUUACUGUGAUCAAAACCACGACGAAUGCGAACGUUGGUCUAAAAAAGAUAAGCGAUAUGAAAGAGUUAGAAGGCCCGAAGUUAUUAAAACUUACAACCAAAACAUGGGUGGAGUCGACCUUACAGAUCGCAUGCUUUCAGUCUGCCCAUCGCGUAACCGAACAAAAAAGUGGACAAUUCGUGUUAUAUCACAUCUCUUUGAUUUGGCGGUGGUAAAUGCUUGGCUGCAAUAUAGAGCUGUUCAAAUAGAGAAAGGUGCCAUAAAGAGAAACAUAAUACAAAUGCGUCAGUACAAACUCGAUUUGGGUACAAAACUUAUUGGAGACAAUGAAGAACAAAGUGAUGGUGAAAGUGGAGGUGAAGAGUAUGAAGAGCUCGAACCCAAACACAAGAAACGUAAGAUCCUUAUCAAACCAAUACCUUCCAGAGAACGCCGUAUGAAGUCUGCUGCACACUUACCCGAAUAUAACACUAAACAAUCGCGCUGUAGGAAUAGAGGAUGCUCCAAAAAGACCACAGUUUACUGCAUAAAAUGUGAUAUUUAUCUCUGUUUUACACCAAAUAGGAAUUGUUUUUCCGACUUCCACAAGGAUGCUGAGUAGUUUUUAAUUGAAGCUUUACUUAUACCUAGUUGAUCUCAUGAUUAUGUUCCUCAUUAAUGACUUAAAAGUACAAAAUGUUGAUUAUUGUUCUGUUAUGUUAUAAUUAUAAGGAAGAAUUGUUUAAUUUUGAUAAUUUUUGAAGAAGACUGAUUUAUUUUUGUUUUGUUUCUCAAUUUUCUGAUAGGAGGCUUAAAAUAUAAGUUUUUUUGUUUGCUUUUCAGUA